GAGCAGAAGCUCUUGGUGAAAGCAGUAGCACGCAGAGAUCUUGGGGAGGGGGCCAAGAUGGUCAAGAUGCCCGCUGCCUUAGCGUGACCAUCGUGCCUGUCCGUAUUUGUUCUGCAGAACAGUUGCAGAGGAAUGAGAAGGUGCAGUGUUCAAACCAUGAUGCAACACAUAUCCUCGUUCUCUCCGCCGAUGGGAAGCUUUCUGAACAGUGGACUACAGCUUCAGGUGGCUGCUCUAAGACAAGGCUGGUGAAUGAACUAGGAGACAAAGAAAUUGUUCAAAUAGCAUGUGGGGACCAGCACGCCAUGGCACUGUCCAGAGGAGGCAAGCUCUUCACCUGGGGCCAGAACGCCCAUGGACAGCUUGGAGUGGGCAGGAGGCAAACCAUGCUCAUCCCCCAACCACAGCUGGUGGAAAGACUAAAGGGCAUCUCACUCGCUCAUAUUGCUGCUGGAGGAGCUCACAGUGCUGUGGUGUCACUCUCUGGAGCUGUGUACUCUUGGGGAAAGAACGAUUUUGGACAGCUGGGACUCGGACACACAGAAGACAGGGACUGCCCAUCAUAUAUUGGAGCAUUAGAGCACUGGAAGACUGUAUUUAUCUCAUGUGGGGCAAAUCACACUGCAGUUCUCUCCAAGGAGGGGUUGGUGUGCACCUUUGGAGCAGGAGGGGCUGGCCAGCUUGGUCACAACUCUACCCGGAAUGAACUCGUGCCUCGUGUGGUGGCCGAGCUGUGGGGAGCAAGAGUUUCGCAGGUUGCCUGUGGCAGUCAGCACACCCUGGUCUAUGUCCCCUCCUUGGACAAAGUCUAUUCGUUUGGUUCUGGUGAAGGACAGCUGGGAGAUGAGAGAAAGCCUAAUCGGUUGAUACCACAUCCCAUCAAUUCACCAGUGAAUACUGGAAAAUUCUGUCAGGGAAAAAACACGCCACAAAAGGUGAUUGAAAUUAGUGCAAGAAGAAACAAAAGCAUUGUCCUUUGCAAGAACAAGAGUUCCUUUCUGAAUGGAAUUGCCACUCUGAAUGAUAAAGAAGUGGAUGCAUGGAUUUCUAAUUCCAGUUCACAACGUUGGGAGAGCAUAAAAAAGAAUAUCAGACUGAUCUUUUCAUCUGAGGCUUGCAUCAACGGAAGCUUCCUGGAGAAAAGAGACAAACAUUUCAAAACUUCCAAAGAAGUCUCAGGUGUAGACAUGUCAGAAGUGCAACGGUUUUAUGAGAAGAUCAUCAAGAAGCCAAAAGUCUUCCAAGAGGUGCAAAAGGAGAUUGAGAAGUUACUGCCAUCAUUGUCUUCGUCUCCCAUCUCACCUGAAAAUUUCAGAGUCUAUUUGAUCUUGCCUUUCCUUCUGCAGAGCGAAGAUGACAGCUCUUUCCAUUCUCUCAGUCUGCUAGCACAAGCCAUCACAAAGCUCCAGCCAGAGGACCUGCAAACUCUUGAAUGCCUGUGGUCAAAUCUAGAAACAUCCUUUUUCAAGGAGCUGGUCACUCUAUAUCAGAGGGUUUCCUGGAAAAACCUGUCUCAGUUGAUCAUGGAAAUCAGACGUUGGCAAAGAAACCCCUACAACCUGCACCCACAUGAAACAGAGACUCUGCAAAUACUGCAGAUUCUUUACCAGGUGAACUCCAGAACUGGUUACAGAGUACAAGAAAACAACUUCUAUGUGCCUCAAGUGAAAGAGAUUAUCGGAUGGUCUCCACUCUUUAGUCUACAAAUGGUCCUAUGGAAGCUGACCAAAUAUCCAUGCAUCUUUGACAUGCACGACAAGAUAGCCAUUCAUCAUGAAGAAUGCAACAUUCUGUCCUUUCCUCAUGUAGCCAUCAAGCUUUGUUGGUGUAAGUUAAACGCAAGUGCUGGUGCUAUUUACUGUGAGGUUGCUUCGGGGCUUAGUUUGCUGUAUGGGAAAAAUCUGGUGGCUGGGGAGCCAGUAUUAGAGGCCAGCAAGCGACACAGCCGCAAAAGCCGUUUCUCUCAUGGAGAUGCUUGCCUGAAGGGAAAGGAGGGAUAG